AAAGGCGGAGUAGGGCGGGUCUUCACAGAAUGCGGGUGGGAAAAAAGUAACGCGUUCAGGAUAGUAAUGCAGUUAGCAAUGGACCAGCCAGCAAAGCUAACAUGGAGGCCGCCCCGGGCCUGUGACGACUAUUGGAGUGAAUUCAGACACUGUAAGAGCUUGUGGAAUCGUUUCCACCACUACUACACUUACGGUACCUCCCCGUCCUGCCAUCAGUGGAAAGAAGACUACUACAACUGCAAAGAGUGGGAGAAACACAAAAGCACUGAGGCCAAGGAAGCGUUGCAGAAGAGUGAAAGGGACAGAGUGGCAGAGCAGAGAAAGUUCACCCCUGUGUGGCAACUGAGGCAAGACCCUCCCAGAGACUGGCACCUGCCCCUGAACCAAGAAAAACCUCAGGACUCUUGAACUGUCACUCUUAUCCUGCCGUCUUUGCUCCGUGGCAGCCAAAGCAAAAUGAAACAGAGAUUCAGGAUGUACUGUAUUUCACUUCAUGAACAUAACAAAACCCUUCAGAACCACAUGUGCUUGAGAGACUGGCAGACACUCACGGCCAUCUCAAGUUUUACUCAGAUAUGUGUAAAUGAAUUGAUAGUGAUGGUAGCAUCCAGUGGUCAGUGAUGAAGAUGACAGCAGCUUUUCAACCAGUGAAUUACAAGAUGGUCUCUGUGAAGGUAGUGUUGUCCUUUUUGUCAGUCAUAAAUAUUUUAAUCUUCAUUGUUUGUGUAAACUGAAGCACAGAGGCUGACUACACUCUGCCUAAAUGAGUUUGACAUUGAGUAUAAAAGCUUAAGGUAAAGAAGAGGCCAUAUUGGGUCAAAUUAUACUAUUAAUAAAUUCUGUAUCAUUCAUCCAAAUAAUGAAGGAUUAGCCACACUGUUUUCAUGUGGGUUAAAUAAAAAAAAAAUGCACUACA